AGUCCCGCCCGACAGCUGUAGCGCGCGACCCGGGCGGCCGCUGCGGCGACAGCGCCCAGCGCGCGGACCUGCAGCCAUGGCUGUCUCCGUCGAGGGUACUCGCAGGAAAGAGCGCAUCCUCUGCCUGUUUGACGUGGACGGGACCCUCACGCCAGCUCGCCAGAAAAUUGACCCUGAGGUAUCAGCCUUCCUACAGAAGCUCCGAAGUAGGGUGCAGAUCGGCGUGGUGGGUGGCUCCGACUACUCGAAGAUCGCCGAGCAGCUGGGUGACGGGGAUGAAGUCAUUGAGAAGUUUGACUAUGUAUUUGCCGAGAACGGGACCGUCCAGUACAAGCACGGGCGGCUGCUCUCCAAGCAGACGAUCCAGAGCCACCUCGGGGAGGAGCUGCUGCAGGACCUGAUCAACUUCUGCCUCAGCUACAUGGCCCUGCUCAGGCUACCCAAGAAGCGUGGGACGUUCAUUGAGUUCCGGAACGGCAUGCUGAACAUCUCGCCCAUCGGCCGCAGCUGUACCCUGGAGGAGAGGAUCGAGUUCUCCGAACUGGACAAGAAGGAGAAGAUCCGGGAGAAGUUUGUGGAAGCCCUGAAGACAGAGUUUGCUGGCAAGGGGCUGAGGUUCUCCCGAGGAGGCAUGAUAAGCUUCGAUGUCUUCCCUGAGGGCUGGGACAAGCGCUGCUGCCUGGACGGCCUGGAUGAGGACAGCUUUGACACCAUCCACUUCUUUGGGAAUGAAACCAGCCCUGGUGGGAACGACUUUGAGAUCUAUGCAGACCCCCGGACUGUCGGCCAUAGCGUGGUCUCCCCUCAAGACACUGUACAACGAUGCCGAGAGCUUUUCUUCCCAGAGACAGCCCACGAGGCAUGACGGUGCCCACAGCUGGGCAUUGGGACCUUCAGGAAGUUCUGGCCAAGCCUCAAGAGAGAACCGUGGGGUGCCAGGGUUCCCAUCCUACUGUCC